AUGGCACAGUCACGAUUGUUAUCAAACAUCGGGAAUUUGUCGUUCCCUGACGACUGUGGUCGACUGAUUAUUGCCGUUGAUGGCAAAUUUGUGGUUCCCGAUGAUUGGGGAAUACUAAAAAAAAACUUUAUAUUAUCUGUAUAUUUAGCAUUCCAAUAUUCAACAUGGACGUUUUCAACUUUAAAGAAAAUGGGAAUCCCCGGUCCGUCACCAUGGCCACUAUUUGGUAACAUGCUGCAAUACAGAGAGGGGAUUCAGUACAAGGAUCUGGAAUGGAUAAAGAAAUAUGGCAAAGUAUAUGGGGCCUACGAAGGGCGUACACCAGUAAUAACCUUCGCCGACCCAGAGAUAUGUAAACAGAUAUGUGUCAAACACUUUGGGUCUUUCGUCAACAGACGGGUACUCCCACUGAAAAGUAGACCUUUAGAUUCAGGCCUUACUGUGCUACUCGAUGACCACUGGAGAGGGGCGCGGAACACUCUGACCCCUUCAUUCAGUGGCGCUAAAAUGAAACUGAUGUCCCCUCUUAUAAAUCGGUGUGCCACUGAGUUGGUGAAUAACUUGAAAAAUCACUGUGACUCGGAAAAACCAGUUGAAAUCAAAGAAAUGUUUGGAAGUUUUGUAAUUGACAGCAUUGGUAGUGCUGGAUUUGGACUCGAUGUUAAUUCGCAGUCGCAACCAGACCACCCGUUUGUGGUGAAUAUAAAGAAAGCCUUCAAGUUCAGUUUGUUUAGUCCUGUGGUAUUAAUUGUAUUGUUCUUCCCAUUUCUUGUUCCAAUUUUGAACUAUUUCGACGUCGCCUUUAUUCCGCGAAAAAUUCUGAAUUUCUUCGUGCAAGUUACUGAUGAAGCUAUUCAGAUGCGAAAAUCAACCGCAGAUUCGAACCAGAGAAUAGAUUUUCUACAAUUGAUGAUGAAUGCCCACGAUGUAUAUGAAAAGUACAUGAAGAACAAAGAAUAUGAAGAGGAUAAGCAUGAAGGGGAGAACAAAGUAGAAUUUGUCAAAGACGAUCCAUCUUCAUCAAUGAAAAUUCACAAAGGAUUUACCCGCGAUGAAAUUGUGGGACAGUCAUUAUUGUUCUUCUUUGCUGGUUACGAAACUACAAGUACGCUAUUGGCGUUUGUCUGUUAUAAUCUGGCAACAAACCCCGAAGUACAAGACACGUUACAUAAAGAAAUCGACAAUGUCAUGCUCAGCUACGAGGAGGUUGGUUAUGAUGCUGUUUCCGAUAUGACAUAUCUAGAUAUGGUUGUUUCCGAGACAUUAAGAAAAUAUCCACCGGCAACAAGAUUUGAUCGUAAAUGUAACAAAGAUGUCAAUAUCAAUGGAAUAAAGAUACCUAGUGGAAUGACUGUAGUCGGUUCUAUUUAUGGAAUUCACCACGAUCCUGAUAUUUACCCAGAUCCGGACAAGUUCAUUCCCGAAAGGUUCAGCAAGGAAGAAAAAGCUAAACGUCACCCAUAUGCAUGGAUACCUUUUGGUGCUGGUCCUCGUAACUGUAUUGGAAUGAGAUUCGCAUUGAUGGAGGCAAAGAUUGGGCUGGUUCGAGCAUUGCAGAAGUUUACAUUCGAACCAUGUGCUGAAACUCAGAUUCCUCCGGAACUGGGCAAGAUGGGAUUCCUGUCACCACCAAAUGGCAUUAUACUUCGCAUUAAAUCUAGGCAAUGA